AUGAACCUUCAGACGACGGUUGUAUCCACACUGGGGUACAUUUUGAUCAGUCAAAUUUGGGAUCUGAGGACCACUCAUGAAUCCAAUACGGAAGAUUUGAUUGAUUGGUCCGAAACACACCGUAAACACUUCGAUGAACUGGAGCAACAGUUGCAACUGAUUCGUGAGGCUAACAAAGAAAAGAUUCAUGCCGAUGAUAGUUUACCAUCGUCGCCACAAACUAAGCUAUGUGAUAAACCGACUGCAUUUCUGGUUGCGCGUAGAUUUGCAUUGAAAGCUCGGCUAUCCAUGAUUGCAGUCAAAUUGAUGUUACAAGAGUUUCGAGACAUUCUUCCGCAACUGCCCUCCGAUCCGCGUACACUGUUGUCCACACCCAGGUGCACACCAAAGAUAAGUGUGGGUGAUGGUACAUAUAUACAUUUCGGACUGCAAGAGUGCCUGAGGCGCAUAUGCGAGGGACGAAGUGAUCGUCAUUAUCGGCUACAAUUGCAUAUUGAUGGGUUAUCGUUAUUCCGAGGCUCAUCACAACAAGUUUGGCCAAUUUUGGGUCGUCUGUUGUACCCGAAAUCUAAGAUAUUCAUUGUUGGUUUGUAUUGUGGGAUGUCCAAGCCGACUGAUGUUCGCGCGUUUCUAACUCCGUUGAUUGAAGACCUUCGGCUGUUGAUGGAAGAUGGUUUCUGGGAUGUUGAAUACGGUCGCAAGCAUAGUGUGCAGCUAGACAGUGUCAUUGCUGAUGCUCCUGCUAAGGCAUUGGUUAAACAGAUUAAACCACACACGGGCUAUUUUUGUUGCCCAUUUUGCACUCAGAAGGGCAGCAGUUGUUCUCGACGAAUGGUGUUUAAAGCUCGUGGAGGUAAACUAAGGACGGACAACGAUUUUCGUCUGCGAUUGCAAGAUGAAAAUCACACCGGAUUGUCUCCAUUUGAGCAGCUUCCCAUUGAUAUGGUCGGCACGUUUCCAACGGACUAUAUGCAUUCGGUGUGCCUGGGAAUAAUGAAACGGCUGCUAAGUUUGUGGCGAAAACCUGGUGGAGACAAACGUCCACCCAUAAGUGUAUCCCAUUGGAAAAUAUUGGGAGAACACUUACAGUUGGCAUGUCAAUCACUCACAUGUGAGUUUCCACGAAAAUGCCGUGGUUUGGGUGAUAUUGAGUUCUGGAAGGCCACGGAAUAUCGACAAUUUCUUCUGUACCUCGGACCUGUGGUUUUACGGAAAGUAUUGCCACCUGAUAACUACAAAAACUUCCUAGACUUUUCAGUAUACACGUACAUCCUUUGUAGCCCCAAGUUCGCUGACCAUUAUUUAGACUACAUUCAGAAACGAGCGCCUGCAGUAGUAGCCCAUUUCAUGCAGCUAUACGGAGAGGCAGAGGGGGUGUAUAACGUACAUAUGUGGACCCAUCUGUGCGACGAUGUACGACGACACGGCGUAUUGGAUAACUUUUCAGCAUAUCCAUAUGAAAGUUUCAUGCAGACAAUACGCCAGUGUGUUUCAUCUAGAUCUAUGCUUGCAGAACAGAUCUUCCGUCGAACAAUCGAACGUGCUGGUCAAAGAGCUGCUACGGACAAAAUAAAUUGCUGGGAUGACACUACGUCUUACGCUAUUCGACGUCCAGGUUUGAAAAACCAUUGCAUUGCGUUUGAUGGAACGGUUUACGGAACUGAGCACCCGGACAACUACGUACUCACUGGUUGCAAGCCAAGAAUGGUGGUUUCUUUAGAGGAUGAGUUAGUGGGUGUCCAAACUUUUGUGUCGACAUCAGAGUUCUUCGAUUGUCCGUUUCCAUCCUCACAUUUGGGUAUAUACUUGUGUGACUAUCUAAGCGAGUCAAUCAAACACUAUGAGAUGGAAAAAAUAUCAUGUAAAGGUAUGUUGAUACCUUAUGAGAACGCGUAUGUAUUCUACCCAAUUAUUCACAGUUGGCGUUCUUGA